AAUGGUGCAGUUACAUUUCUGAGUCGGCCAUUUUAGGUGUACCGGGGACAUUACUCGGUGACACACCAGGAAGUACCUUUUAAAGGUUUCUGAACAAAGUAUUGGGUAACGACGACUUUGCUUCAACGUUCAGUGAUUAUAUUACAGGCUACUUGUUGAUGUAUGUCCAUUAGCGAGGCGGGGAAAUAACCGUGUUUCAUACACACAGAGGCGCGAGGACGCCAAUCGUCUGGGCGUGGCCACCGUGACGUCUUCAGGCCACUGACACGUACAGCAGGAAGAAGAAAAGCUGCCAAACAGUUAGCUAGCUGGUAGCAGAGUGAGGUAAAGAGCUGACUUUGUACGUUGAAGACUCUCUUCAGUUCUCGACCCCUGGUUUCAUCAUGCACGUGUUUGACCGCAACAUCAACUUUGACUCCCUCUUAAAGUUCUCCCAAAUAUCUCAUUCCACCCAGGUGCACUUGAAGAAUGUGUACUCCAGCCUGGCACUUUGUAUGUUUGUGGCUGCAGCUGGCUCCUACGUCCAUGUUGUCACACGCCUCUUUCAGGGAGGAGUGCUGUCUGUACUCGGCUCCUUGGGGAUGAUGUUUUGGCUCGCCAUGACGCCACACAACUCUGAAACGGAGAAGAAGAGACUGGCUAUCCUCGCAGGGUUUGCAUUCCUCACAGGUGUCGGCCUCGGCCCCACACUGGACUUUGUCAUCGCUGUCAAUCCGAGCAUCAUCGUGACUGCUUUCAUGGGAACCGCUGCAAUUUUCGUUUGCUUCACUCUCAGCGCUCUCUAUGCCAAACGCAGGAGCUACCUGUUCCUUGGAGGCACACUGAUGUCUGGCCUUUCCCUCCUGUUCCUGAUGUCUGUGAUGAACAUGUUCUUUGGAUCUGUGAUGCUGUUUAAGGCACACAUGUACCUCGGGCUGCUCAUCAUGUGCGGAUUCGUCCUGUUUGACACUCAGCUCAUCAUUGAGAAAGCAGAGAAUGGAGACAAGGACUACAUCUGGCACUGCGUGGACUUGUUCCUGGAUUUCAUCACCAUCUUCAGAAAACUCAUGGUCAUCCUUGCCAUGAACGAUAAGGAGAAGAAGAAGGAAAAGAAGUAAAGAACAUUUGGAAAUUAAAAACAAUCUGUCUGAAGAGGCACAAUUUGCAAUGCAAUUGGUGCUUUUCACUUUCUGUCUUCAUUUAUUGAAUUAACUCCUAUGUGGUCUUAUAUUAUUGAAAUUUCUUUUUCAAACUUUCAACAAGAGUUGAAUGCAAGUUUAUGAUAAACUAAUGCUAGUCCCAUCAUAGCUGUGAAUGGAGAAUUAGACUAAUGCUGUAGUGAACGUGCUUUGCCUGUAGAGGGGAGUGUUGCCCUAUGACAACUCACAGAAGCUGAGCUGAACUUAAUGAAGAUACUCAUUAUUUAGUGCCAUAAAUUAAUGACACGAUUGGCUCCUUUUUUUUAGUGGGUCGUGUCGGAUUCGGAGGCUUAUCAGUGUUUUAUUUGAAGUUAUUUAAUUUCAGUCGUUGAUUUGCUUAUUUUUAGUUUUCCUCCAUUCUCUUUAGUGGAGUGUCAUAAGAUAAGGUGUCCCAUGAUUUUGACAACAGAUUCCCCCCUUUGAGAAAUUUCCCUGUCAUUGUUUUUGUUCCUUCAAAUUCUGUUUUGAGACCAACAUUUUGAGUGGUGAAGUCUGGUAACGCUGACACAAACCCCGAAAGCCUGUCGGAGUCAUGAUGAUCUACACUAACUCGUUCAGACGGACUUUUGGUAUUUUGGGUGUUGGCCGCUGGAGGAGGCGGAAGAGUCGGUGCCAUCUGUCUCUUCAUCUUGGAUAGCAGACGAGUUAUUCAGACCUCUCCCAGUGUAAAUUUCUCUAAAUAUCUGUUGUCUAGAAAGUAGUUUGCCAAAAGAUGUGAUGUUAACCUUUACAAUUUUUUGAAAGCGUAAACUGUGAAGAAUUUAUUUUAUGGAUGUACAAUUUAAACUAAUAAUUUGAUACAUUUGCUCAAAUAAAUGUGUUGAACGUA